AUCUCUGGCGCUGCCAUCUCCCGCAGGAUGCCCGAAAAGCAUGUGGGGAUUCGACACUGACCCAGAUCACAGCUGGGCUGGACCCAGUGGGGAGAAUCCAGAUGAGGACACGAAGGACCCUCCGUGGGCACCUGGCAAAAAUCUAUGCCAUGCACUGGGGGACAGACUCAAGGCUGCUGGUCAGCGCUUCCCAGGAUGGGAAACUCAUCAUCUGGGACAGCUACACCACCAACAAGGUCCAUGCCAUCCCGCUGCGCUCCUCCUGGGUCAUGACCUGUGCCUACGCGCCCUCAGGGAACUUUGUGGCCUGUGGGGGGCUGGACAAUAUCUGCUCCAUCUACAGCCUCAAGACCCGAGAGGGAAACGUUAGGGUCAGCCGGGAGCUGCCUGGCCACACUGGUGAGCGGGGCCUCGCUGGGCACGGACGCUGUUGCGAGGGGAGGGCGGGGCCUGGGGACCCAGCCGACCAGCUCCUUUCCCCAGGGUACCUGUCCUGCUGCCGCUUCCUGGAUGACAACCAGAUCAUCACCAGCUCUGGGGAUACCACCUGUGCCCUGUGGGACAUCGAGACAGGCCAGCAGACCGUGGGCUUUGCUGGACACAGUGGGGAUGUGAUGUCCUUGUCUCUGGCCCCCGAUGGCCGCACCUUUGUGUCAGGCGCCUGUGAUGCUUCCAUCAAGCUGUGGGACGUGCGGGAUUCUAUGUGCCGACAGACCUUCAUCGGCCACGAGUCCGACAUCAACGCCGUGGCUUUCUUCCCCAACGGCUACGCCUUCACCACUGGCUCUGACGAUGCCACGUGCCGCCUGUUUGACCUGCGGGCUGACCAGGAGCUCCUCCUGUAUUCCCACGACAACAUCAUCUGUGGCAUCACCUCUGUUGCCUUCUCGCGCAGCGGCCGGCUGCUGCUUGCUGGCUAUGACGACUUCAACUGCAACAUCUGGGAUGCCAUGAAGGGUGACCGUGCAGGUGUCCUUGCGGGCCACGACAACCGUGUGAGCUGUCUCGGGGUCACCGACGAUGGCAUGGCUGUGGCCACAGGCUCCUGGGACUCCUUCCUCAAGAUCUGGAACUAACUGCCCCAACCCCAGCUGGGCCCAGGCCGGGAGGGGCCCUGCCCACGCCCAUGCCCACACUACAGGCCGGGAGCUCUGGGGCUGGGUGACCCGAGCUUCCUUCCCCGGGCCACGGGGCCUCGGGUCCCUGCUCCCCCGCCCAGGUUUGGUUCCUCCCGGGGGCCCCCACUGUGGAGAUAAAGAGGGGAUGGGAUGGGGGGAGAGGAGGGGGCGGAAGGCCCUCGUCCUCGGGCGGCCCUGGCCUCGGGGCCUCACCCCUCUGGAGGCCAGAGGCAGGAGGCGGAAACUCCAGGGGCUGGCUUUUUUAAAACUGGUUUUAUUUUAAUUUUUAUUAUAUUUUCAGUUUUUCCAUAAAGGAGCCAAUUCCAACUCUGUA